UUCUCACUCUCAUUUUCAGCCUGGGGAUGGUUUUAGGGUUUCAAGCCACUCCUCUCUCUCUGUUUGAUCUUUCCUGGAUUGGUUGCCUUGCUCCGCAGGCCAUCUCUCCUUCUUCGUUCAGGUCUGUGGGAGCAUCCUUAUCAGUACCAGCCUUCUGGUCAUCCAGCGUGGGAGAUCAUUGCUUUGCUUUGUUUUUGCGGGGUGUUUGGUUCAGUAUGCGGGAUUUGCUACGCAAGUGAGGGAGCAAGUGGUGGAGGGAGGAGAAGGAGGAGAAGGAUUUGGAGGAGGAGGUUGGGGUGACAGGGGAGAGGGCGAGAGUGAGAGAGAGAGAGAGAGAGAGGGUUUUUAAGCAAUGUUUUGACGAUUAAUUUCGUGUUCCGAAGGGGAGGGGUUAGACAGAUCUGCCGCCCUAACUCCUUCGUGAUAAAGCCAUAGGAUUUUGAAAUUUUGUGGGAGUCGACGAUGGCGGUUGCCGUGGCCGGGCAGCUGAAUUUGGACGAGACUCCCACCUGGGGAUCGCGGAGUGUGGAUGUUUAUGAGAAAAUCGAGCAGAUUGGAGAGGGGACGUAUGGCCAAGUUUAUAUGGCACGGGAGAUAGCUACGGGGGAAGUGGUUGCGCUGAAGAAAGUACGCAUGGACAAUGAGAAAGAAGGGUUUCCCAUUACUGCUAUUCGCGAAAUCAAGAUUCUUAAGAAAUUGCAACAUGCGAAUGUCAUCAAGUUGAAGGAAAUUGUGACCUCUAAAGGACCAGAGAAGGAGGACAACAUCAAGCCAGGUGAAGCGAAUAAGUUCAAAGGGUCGAUUUACAUGGUGUUCGAGUACAUGGACCAUGAUUUGACUGGCCUCUCAGAUCGACCUGGCAUGCGUUUCUCUAUUCCCCAGAUUAAGUGUUACAUGAAGCAGCUUCUCACCGGGCUACAUUACUGCCAUGUCAACCAAGUCUUGCACAGGGACAUCAAGGGUUCAAAUCUUCUUAUCGACAACAAUGGAAUUUUGAAGCUUGCUGAUUUUGGGCUUGCAAGGUCGUUUUCUAAUGAUCAGAAUGGUCAACCACUGACAAACAGAGUUAUCACUCUUUGGUAUAGGCCCCCUGAGCUGCUGAUGGGCUCCACAAAGUAUACUCCAGCUGUGGACAUGUGGUCAGUGGGGUGCAUUUUUGCUGAGCUUCUUAAUGGGAAACCCAUCCUUCCCGGAAGGAACGAGAAUGAACAAUUCCACAAAAUUUGUGAACUUUGCGGGUCUCCUGAUGAGACUAAUUGGCCUCGUGUGAGUCAGUUGCCUUACUACAAUCAAUUCAAAUCUGAAAGGCCAUUUAAGCGCCGUGUGAAGGAUGUUUUCAAACAUUUUGAUCGGCAUGCCCUCGAUCUCUUGGAGCGAAUGUUGACUCUGGAUCCUGACCAUCGAAUCUGUGCUAAAGAUGCACUCGACGCCGAAUAUUUCUGGACUGAACCCUUUCCCUGCCAACCAAGCAGUUUGCCGAAGUAUGAAGCUUCUCAUGAAUUUCAAACCAAGAAGAAGAGGCAGCAACAGAGGCAGCAACAAGAGGAGCAGGCCAAACGGAUGAAGGUCCAACACCAUCCAGCUCCUCACACACGUUUGCCACCUAUCCAGCAGCAACCCUUACGUCCUGGCUCUCAUCAACCUGGUCACAACUUGGGUGCUCCAGUGCAUGCAAAUGGUGUUCCUAAUCAGCACAACAAUAAUUAUAACAACAGGAGUCAAGGAGGUAAUAAUCAAGGCCGAGCUCCUGGAGGACGUCCCCCCCAUGGAGGACCAAGUCAAAAUGGUGGAUUUGGAGGACCUAACCGCAAUGGACCAGGUGGGGUGUACGGAGCGCCUGGACAGCAGCAGCCGGGGGCGUACACUGCACCCAAUAUGGGACACCAAGGUGGGAGAGGUGGUGGUUAUGGCGGUCCUGCAGGUGGAGCCUAUGCGGCUGGUCCAUAUGGUGGUGGCAAGGUCCCCCCGGUUGGUCGUGGACAGCAGUUUGGUGGCAUGCCUGGUGGUCCUCAACCCCCUGCUUAUGGUUACAUGCAGCAGCCAACAGCACAAUAUGUAGACAUUGAUGGAGCUUACGCCCGGGCUUCUCAUUCUGGGUUUCAACCACCUUCUCCUCCUCAUCGUCCAGAUUACCGACAGCAACAGCGUUAGUUUCGUAGUUGGAUUUUUUCCAUUUGAUCGUGUUCAAUGGGUUCUUUGACUAUUAUUAUCCAAAGAAUUCCGGGAAUCCAGGAAAAGUAAAUGGGACGAAGGAUAGAGAAACUUUCUGUAUACUAUCACUUCUGUACAGCGACUUGCAGCUGCACAGGUAGCUACUGAGUCGAAGUUUAGGUAUCCAUGUAUUGAAAAGCAUUGCACGAACGGGUGCAGCUAUCCUGAUCAUUGUUCUCUCCUUCUGAGUUUAAUUAUUCAUGAUUUUUUCUGCGUAAGGACAAA